CAUGUAUACAUAAGAGCGAGGACAUGUGUCAUGAGUCAAAGAUUCAAGCAGCUGCUGGACUGACAGAGUCUUCAUCAUGGAUCCUUCUCGUCCUCCUGGUCCUCCUCGUCCUCCUCAGCUCAACUCCAGGAACAACCGUCUGACUGAGAGAGAAGAAGAAACAUCUGCAAACAGCCAAACAUCUGGAAAUGCACAGAUCAACGCAGCUGAUCCCCCGGCAGCAGACAGACAGCCUCAAUACUCAACCGGAUUCACCAUGAUCCCACCGAAUCUCACUCGGCGGAGCGAGAUGCAAACGGUGGCUCAAAAAGGAGAAGAGACGCUUCAGAGGAUGAAAGAGGCACGAAGAGUUCACAAUGUGUCCGUGGUGCCAGCGGCGCUCGGUGGAAGUGCAACGCUGGAUGAAGUCAGACAGAAGCAGCAGUCGCAGUUAAGCAGCUCCAAAGUGAAGAAGAGGGUGGAAAAGGGAGAGAUGGAUAGGAAGAAGAGACAAGAUGAGGAGGAGGAGCUACAGAAGAAGAAAGAUGAGGCGAGGAAGAAGGCCGAGCGCCAUGAGGAGAGGGAGCGAGAGGAGGAGCAGAGGAGGAGGGAGCAGCUCCAUCAGGAUCACCUCAGGACGAAUGGGAGUUUUCUGCAGAGGAUUGAUCGGGGGGGAACCCGGGAUCCACCGGCGUCCAGCGGCGUCUCACACACGUCAUCCAGAAUUGCAGCUGCAGCGAGUCAGAACAGUGGGAGAGACCUGCACCUGGAACACAAGAGGGUGAACUCGGCCUUCCUGGACGACCUCCAGGGUCGAGGCGUCGGGAGCCAGGGAGAGAGGGCGGGCGUCCCGGGGGCCGAGUGGUACGGGUCGGCCUCGAAGGAUCUCAAAGACGAGCCGUCCACAUCCACCGGACAACAAGCCGCCCCCCCCACUCACCUGAAACCAGAUCCAGACCAGAGCUGGACACAGGAAGCUGACCAGUAUCCAGACUACGACUGGGCCCUGCUGAAGCUGGGGAACAUCUUUCCUAACUACGACAAAGACGUCCUGAGAGACGUCCUCCACCAGGUCCACGGAGACUUCGAGCAGGCCGUCACGAUGCUGGUCUGCACGUUGACUUGAGUUUCAUGCUCCUCCAAUGGGACGACUCUAUCUAUACUGGGUUUGGUGGUUCGGGAGUUGCAGCAAAUAGAAUGUGUAAUCAGCGUUGUGACGUUAGAGGAAAUGUAGAAACGGGUGAUGGAUGAAAUCAACUGCAGGACGUGCACCUACAGAGGAAUGUGUUUGUGAUUAUGCUAUUAAUCACCGAGUGGUUGUAUCUGUCUGCUCCAGUGACUCAUGUUGGGACGCGGCCCUGAACUGGAGCCGAUGAGCGUUUUCACCAGUUUAGCUGAAGGUCAUCGCCGUGACUCAUCAGCUUCAGAUCAUAUUUUGGGUUUCUUAAUUAAAUCAGUGUGUGCAGAUGGAAAAAUGCUCGACCCAAACACAUGAUGUCUUUUGUUUGUUUUAUAAUCAGAGUCACAUGUGAUGCAUCUGUAGCAGGAUUCCUCAGGAAAAGCACAGAUUCAAAUUCAAAUACGAUUUUACCUUGAAGGAUUAGAGUCAGUUCCCAGGCUGCACACGACGACCUUUUCAAACUAAAACGAUCUCUUCUUGAGGCUACUCGUCAGUUUUUAAACUGAACCGGGUCCAGUGACGUCUCCUAACUUUGAUCUCGUGGUCGCCGGACGUCUCCGUAGCAGAGGUCAUGUGUCUCCAAUCGGAAACGUCUCCGUUAGGAUGUGGAUCAAGUCAUAAAAACCUCGGAGGACGUCCAUAAAACACCCGUCUGUGAAAUCCUGCUGUUUCAGUCCGUCUGGUCACUGAUAACAGCCGGGUGGGGUUUCCAGGUGGGACACGAGCUGCGGCCGGAGCUAAAAACAGCAGCUUGGUAACUAGGCUGAGUGGAGCAGCAGAGAUGUUAUCACCUGACCGAGGCUACAGAGAACAAAGGGUGGUGCUCUCCACACGGGGGACCGACAAAAUCCCCUUCUCUCUUCUGUAGCAUGAAGUCAUUCAGGGAGCGAUUCAGGGCUGAUGUCAUCCAGAGAGUUUCUGAACUCAGUUCUGCACACGCGAGGACUUCAGAUAAUAAAACUCACAAACAUCUCCUACGUGUUAAAUGUUAUUUUCUUUGAAUAAACUUUGGAUUGUGUGCAGCA